AGCGACAGCGCUGGCCAGGCCGACUCCACCGCGGCGGCGAUGAAGGCGGAGGCGGGAGACAGCAUGAUCAACCUGUCGGUCCAGCAGGUGCUGAGUCUGUGGGCGCACGGCACCUCGCUCCGGCACCUCACUGAAAUGUGGUACUGGGUUUUCCUAUGGGCUCUCUUCUCCUCUCUCUUUGUCCACGGUGCUGCAGGAGUUUUAAUGUUUGUGAUGCUGCAAAGGCAUAGGCAAGGGAGAGUAAUCUCUGUCAUUGUGGUCAGCGUUGGAUUUCUGGGUUCUGUAACUGGAGCUAUGAUAACCAGUGCAGCAGUAGCUGGAAUUUACAGAGUAGCUGGGAAAAGCAUGGCUCCUUUGGAAGCACUGGUGUUUGGAGUUGGGCAGACUGUACUGACACUAAUUAUUUCAUUUUCAAGGAUUCUUGCUACGCUUUGAAUCUUCUGUGAAAGCUUUGUUUAUAAAAGGAAACACUCUGCAGUGAAGCUUUCCAGAAGUGGCUGCAAUAGCUAAUGGAUUUGAAUUGUGAGGGAAAUGUGUGGCAUGUGGUCUGCAAAACUAGAGGUCCCAUCCAUUCAGAAAGUAUUUCCCUCUAGAGUCCAAAAAUGACACACGACUGCACUGCACCUAACGUGCCUCUGUCACAGGCAAGGUGAGAUCAGUUUAGGAGAACUGCAAGACAAAGCACCUUGUCAAGCUGCUAAUCAGGCAAAUGGUUGGUGAUUUGAUCAUUGUUUGUAACAGUAUUGAAGAAAAUACAGGGGCAUUUCUGAAGACGAGAUAAAUGUGCCAAAUGUGAAGUUGAUUUUUUUUUAAUUAAUAGUGUGACCAUUUAAAUGUGUAGUCAUUGAGUGCUGCAAACAUAGUUUCAAAAUUCAGGUAUACCAACAAGGCACUUGUUUAUUAUUAUAAUAACAACUGAAUUCCUCUCAAUGCAGAAUGUUUUUGUGGGGAGAUAUUUGAGUAUUGAAUUUAUAUGUGAGCAUUGCUGGGAUUCAGUAGUUGAAGCAACACUGGUAAAAACAUGAAUGUGAUUGACCCUAUAUAGGAGCUCAACAUGAAGAGAUUGAUUAACAUGCACCACAUUUAUUAAAACCAGCUCUUCAGUCAUUUUAUUUCUGUAUUUCAAUUCUUUAUCAAUUUAUGGUAUGUCCCAAAGUCAUGUCACAGAUUGAACAAAGGUUACAUGGGUCAGAUGAUUAAAAGCACCUUGCAAACCGAAACAAAAAUUAUUCUGAAACGAUGUUUGAAAACUGUCAUAUGUGUACCAUAAACUUUUAAAUAUAACUGAUGAUUUUCUAUAAGAAAACAAGUUGCAUUGAUCUUUGUUGUUACAGUUGAACAUCCAGUAAUUUCAUUUUAAGACUAGUAGAUGCCAUGUCCUGAAAAGCACACAUUUAACGCAUGGCCUAUUCUAAACUGUGACAAAAGACAUUCGAAAAACUGAAAACCAGGCAGUUUUUAUAUGUGAUACAGAGAAAAGAAAUAUUAUUCCAGGAAAACGUCAGUAUCGAAAAGGGGACGACUUGAAAUCUUUGCAUUUCCCAACAAGGGUGAUUAUAUGUGACUCUCAUAUGCUUAGCUUCUGGUAGACAUGUUCUGUGAGUGUUGUUUUAAUGAGAGCAGUGGUGGUGUGACUGUAAUCUCUUUACUGUAAAAUAUUAUGGAGUGAAUGGCUAGAAAUGACAGGACACUGUCUAAAUGGACAGAUGUAAGUAUAGGGAAGGAGUGAAUAAAACAUUCCUUUGGGCUGAUUCACAAACAUGCGUUAUCAAGCCCACCAUUGCCUGUAUUAGCAUUUAAAAGAAAGGAGCAGGCUCCCUACUUCUGGAAGCCAGUAUAGAUGGCAGUGGCUGGAGAACCCAUUUCAGCGUUUCCCCAGAGAUCCCUAGGUGCUGUCACUGCCCAACCACUGCACGUCCUUCAGCAGCACCUUAUCUACUCUGGUUGUAGUUGCUCUUGCAUGAAUGGGGUGGCAGUCCUUACUAGGAACAUGGAGCAAACUAGGCAUAUUCAGAACGAGAUGAGGGCUCUUUAGUAAAGGCAGAUGAUACUGCCUUUACUAUUAUUUCAGCUCCAUUGUUCUGGCUGCUAAUAUAGAUGUUGAUAGGGUUUAAUUUCAUAAUCCCUUUGCUAAGAGAGCUUUUAAUGUUCUGUUUAAAAUAGGAAGUCUGUCUAUAUAUGCAUCUGGAAGGAAGGUAGAAACAUGGCUGUCAUGAUAGCCAAAGUUAAUGCCUACAGAAAUCAUACCUGCAGCAAUAAUACUUUGACAGCACAGUGCUUUGGUCUACAGUCUUUCUAAAUAUUCUGGUAAACAUCACAAUUUGUAUUCGUAUCAGCUAAUAAAUGAAUGCUAUUUUGGUCUAGAGAUAACAUUUUAAAGGGACAUUCAUUUUUAUCCUUUCUUCAUUCUUAUAUUUGUAGUGAUAGACUGCUAUCCUGCAACGACCUGUAUGGAGGUCCAUUGUUGUGUAACUGCAGAGCUUUGUCGGCCAUAGCCACAAAUGGAAGCUUUGUGUUAACCCAAGGCUCUGAAUCAAGGCAAUAGGGGAAUGGAAAUAGCAUUAAUACUAGGUAUUUAAAGAAACAUCAGCAUAUUUCAUUUUGUUGUUGUUGUUCCAGGUAAUUUUGACUUAAAUACCAAGGUACAUUUUAAACAUAACAGUAGUAUGAAAUUCUUGAGUAUAUGUUAGUGCCUUGAGUAUAUAUUAGAAAGAAUUUUCUAGCUCAUCAUCCACUUUACUGCUGUUCUGUCUCUGCCAUUAGAUUAAUUGUUUGAUAAUAUAGCUUGAUGUGGUAGUGAUGUUAACAUUAAAAAUGGGGGGGGGGGAACCCUUGGAAAUACAACCCCAACUCAUGUCAAUGCAGACGGUUUGUUUGUUUGUUUGUUUAAUGCUUAGUUCACAGAGUAUUAAACACUAUAUAUCUUCAGGGCGUUGUAGUUAGAAAAUUGUGUCUUGGUUUCCAUAUUUUAUUGAGCAUCAGAACAUAGGUAUGUGAUGCUGUUGUGUAUGUUAUAUGUGAAGUGGUUUGAUGUCUAGUGUUAUAUGUAGUAAUUUAAUGAUGCUAGAAAACAUGCACUUCUCAGGCCCCAGUACUGAAGACAGAUAUGAAGACUGUAUAUGUAAAUUUCUAAGUCCAUUGACUUUAGGGCUAUAUGCAGAAAUGUAUUUUCAUGCUUGAGACUCAUCCUUCCUAUGUUGUUUGUGGCUGCCUCGUUCUGACAAAACUCCAACAGUUUUCACUUGAAACAAAUACCAUCAGUAUUAAGGCUAAGCUGGAAUAAUUUAUAGGUUAGGUCAGCUUUCCCCAACAUGGAGACCUCCAGAUGUGUUGGACUACAACUCCCAGCAUGCCCCAGCCAGUCUAGCAGGAAGAUGCUGGGAGUUGUGGUCCCAAGACAUGUGGAGGCACCAGGUUGUGGGAGGCUGGGUUAGGUAUAAAAAUAUUGCAAAAUUUAUUUCGCACCAACAGUAUAACAGGAUCUGAGCAUGACCAUCUGAAGAAUGUAUCUGCUCAGAAGAACUAAGCAAAACUGUUUUGCAACGGGAAGUAAUUCUUGAUCAUGCCUUGUAACACUCAUAGUGAUGAGAUUUUUUAAAAAAGAUUAAAUCAAUGUAUAUGAUUAACUCUUUUUUUAUAAACGAUGGUGAAGAAAAUCUUAUGUUACAGACACUGUUCAGUAAUGGAUAUUAAAGCAUAUGUUUGAACAAACAAUGAGUUCCUGUAGUGAAAAAAUCUCUGGCCUUAUGCCUUUGAACAGGACACAUCAAACUUGUAUUUUGAAGUGACUGCAGAGUUAGUUAUUCAUUGCAUUUCAAAACUGAUUUCUUAUAAUAAAGCAGGAGUGAAGUAAACAAGAAAAUGUGUUUGAUAGCAAUAUUCUUCUAUAUUCAAUUGAAUGAAAUGUGUAAGGAAAGAGUAAUGUUCUUAAGGCAGUGAUUCAUCUUAAAAGAGUGAGUUUCUUUGUACUAUUUUAUUUCUUGCAAGUUUACAGUAGUGUGCUUUGCUUUAGGGUGAAAUGUCCUAUGUAUGAUUGACAUCACAAUACCUUCAGCUGCUAAAAGAAUUGAAGGAGAUAUCUACACUAAUCUUUAAAAUUCAGCAGAGAAAAUAGUUGAACAUGAUACUUGAGAAGCAUUCUUAAAGGAAUCCAGUGUGAAGUUUAUGCAAUACCAGUAUUUGACCACUAACUGAAUUACUAACAACUGUUUGAGGGCAGUUGAAAUUUUCUCAUUAUUCAAGAUAAACUCUUCUGGAUCUUUAGUUUUUUUUAAAAAAAUAAAUAGCUUGUUUCAUGAAAUGAACUCUAAACUAGCAAUGACAUUCUAGGCAUCCUUUAGUUAUUCAGAGCCACAGGUAACAUUAAGGGUGUAAUCCUCUGCAUAUUUAGACAGGAAAAUGUUCUACAUCUCUCAGUAUGGCCCAUGCUGUCUGGGACAUGCUGAGAGUUGUAGGACACUUUUCUGUCUAAACAUGCAUAGGAUUGCACCCUAAGUUGGUUUAAUUUAUGAACACAUGGACCAAAGAGAUGGUUUAGUAUUUGUUGUAUUUAUCUGUAAUAUAGCAUUUUAAAUAUAUUUUUCUUGAUUAAAUCUGAGGAAAGCAGUAGUGUUUCCUCUUCAGUUUUGCACUUUGCUACAUUUUGUUUCAGUAUGAUAAAUUUAUUUCUACUUGAAGCUUGCAUAUUUUUGUUGUAUUGUAGUAUAACAAAGCAAUCAGCUUUUGGUAUGAUUAAACUGAUUUUUAAAAUUAGUUAUGUUUGAUGUUUAUUAUCCAUUUGCAUGGAUAACUCCAUUUACAUAGUCUCUUUGCCCCAAACAUAAUUAAGCUUAAUAUUUUAAGGCAUUAGUUUUAUGUAUGUCAUCCAUAUUCUUACAUAAUUGCAUACAAUAGUAAAUAAAAAACAUGGGUCAUAUCUAUCAAGCCUUUUUGUAUGUGUACAUAUGAUGGACUUUUUUACUUUUAACAAAAAGCUCCUCCAAGCUCAUGUUUUACUUUUGGGGGGCGUGGGGGAGAGAAGGAAUUGAAAACCCCCACUCCCACAUGAUUCUUUCCAUUUGAGUUUGACCAGUCUGCAAUGUCAAAUGCUUUUCUUCUCUAGUUGUGUUCUGGAUCACACAUGAGAACACAGAUUGGGUCUGAAGAAACUGUUCCCUAGACAGAUUUUCUAAACUAAUAUUUCUGUACAGAGCAGUGAUCUUGAGGUGUAGCUGGAAGUACAGCCUUAGAAAAAGAAUGAUGGACAAAAUUUUGAAAAUUAGCUUUUUGAAUGGCUCAUGGGAUAAGUGUACCUCUUCUAUCAGGUUAAUGGAGCUGAACAAAUGGAAGUGCAACAAUAAAAAUGUGGAAAGACUCUAGUUUACCCAUAGAUGCAAAACCUGGAGGAUAAGAGUAUGGGGCAAGUUGGAAAAGCCUCAAACCUAUUUCUAAUUGAAAAUGCAGGCUUUUCUCCUCCUAUACAAUUCAGAUUAGUUCAUUCACUUCAAGUGCCUCACUGGCUACAUCAAAAGUCUCAGGCCUCAGUUGAGACAGCCUGUGUGCAUGAAAAGGCCUUCUUGUGUGGAGGCUGCUUAAAUUCCUCCCCAUAGUGUCUUCAGCAAGCUGUUUGUAUGCAGUUGCUCAACACAGGGAUCUGGGGAUUUUCUAUGCACAAGUGCAACCACUUCAAAAAGUCUGUGAUGGAGAAAUGCCAUGAUCUACAUAACCUGUUGAGUUAGUGAUUCAAUCAUGGAGGAUUCACUGAAUGAACAAAGAGUAAUAGUGUACACUAAUGUUUAAAACUCCAGAAGGGGCUUGAAAGUUUUCAAUUCCAAUCUAUAUAAUUUUCAUUUCCCACUACCUCUGAAAUAAAAAGCAGAAAACAGUACUAUGGUGUUACCUACUCCCUCAUUAUAACAUUAACCUGUUCUUUUAUAUCAGGGUAUAGGAUUGCAUCUUUAUUUUUGUUAAAAAUUGAUUUUAUCCAAUGGUCUUCUACCAGUGAAAGGGAGGCUAUUGGUAGAUGUGCUCCCCCCUAAUUUUUUCAAGAGGGUUGGAAGACCCUUCAGGGCAGAUUGGGGGGGCUGCAGUGGGGGGGGAUAGGGAAAUCCGGUUGAGUGGAAGAUGCAUUCAGAGAUUGGCUCCAAGCCAAUGAAUUGGAGUAUGUUGUGUUCUAAAUAUCCACUGAUUAUUCUUAUUCUGCUCACAGAAAUAUAUUUAAUUUCCCACAUCCUAGCUUAAAAUGUUUUAAUUUGUAUAUUUGGUUGGGGGCACUUAGGCUGCAGUCUAACCACACUUACUGAAAACUAUCGCAUAUGAAUUAUGGAAUUCCCAAACAGGCCUUAGCUAGACCUACCUUCUAUCCCACAACGGAGGAGGGAAGAUCUUAUUUUUUUCCUCAUUCGAAUGAAUGGAGGCUAUUUACUUACACAGGAGAAAACAAACUGAUGCACACAGAGACACAACUGGAGUGGGGAUUAUGUCCUUUCCAUGCUCUUUGUGACUUCAGGCAUAGUGAAUUGAACCUGUAUUUUUUCCUAGGGCAUGUUUACAUGAAGGGUUUGACCCAGGGUGACUUCACGGUAGGGGCACAUCAUCUACAUGACGCAGCCACCAUUGCGAAGCCAUCCAGGGGAAAACCCUGGAAACUCCGCUCCAAAAAUGUUGGGUGCUUGCCCCGACUUUUUUGGCACCAGAGCCCAUGGCACCCCCUGAUUAGUUGCCAUGGGCAGCCCCGCGCCUCUGGAAAAGUAAAACAAAAAAUUGGGGUGGGGGAGGAGGAGAGGAACAGGCCGUUCCUCUCCCCCCCCCCUUAAUUUUUUUUUAUUAUCUAUAUCUGCGGGGCUCCACAGAUACAGAAAAUAAAAAGAAAUGGGGGUGGGUGGGGAGGAAGACGUGGUUUGCCCAGUCCCUCGAGUCCUCUGGCUGCCUUGUUCCUAGUUGAAGAUUCCACAUCUUUAGAGAUAGCCUGAUGGUAGAAUGUAUUACAGUAAUCCAGCCUGGAUGUCGCUAUGGUAACUUUCCCCAACCUCCCUAUUUUUUGGACAACUCCCAGCAUGUCCAACUAUUGGCCAUGCUGGCUGGGCUGAUGGAAGUUGAUUCCCCAAACAUGUAUUGGACACUAGAGCAUGGAUAACUAAAGCAAGUUCCGUCCUCUCCAGAUGCAGUCACAGUUCGUGUACAAGCCUAUGCUGGUAAAACCUAAUUGAACAAUUAGAUUUGAAGACUGCACUGCAUUUUGAUGCUGAUUAUUGAUGAAGUUGUGCGAUGGGUCUUCACAAAAGAACUGAGACUUGAACUACUAUUAUUCAAAUUUUGGGGUUGAAUCCAGAAGUGGUCAGUGCAGUUCUGCUGGUGCUGGAGGAAAGGGCAGCGAUUUUCUCUGAUUUCGCCUGCUGCCCCCAGCCUCACCAGCCACAUGGUUCUGGAGGAUUGGAGGACUCGGGUACAGCAUGAGGGUGGUGCUGUAGGGGGAAGGGGGAAAUCAGAAAAUCACUGCUCUGCCCCUUCCUCCAGUGGGAAGCCUUUGCUGGAUCCCAGGAGGAGCUUCCAUUCACAGAGGGGUAAGUCUGGAUCAAACCCCUUAUCUCCUAAAUAAUGUAGCUGAAGUUAUUCAGAAGUUACGCUGGCUAAAACUGUCCACAAGUGUUCCUUUUGGAAGUGCUUAAUUUCCAAUGACCUCUAAAAUGCAAUAUUUUUUGUGCUUAAAAGAAAAUCAAUUACAGGUAUGUAGAACAAUGUACAAAGGAUCUGGCACUUCAGUCCAAAACAACUGACUAAAUAAAAUGUUUUUAAAUGAUCUUGACAAAUUAGUAUUUUCGGCAGGGGUGGAUCUUGUUUGCAGAAAACAAUUAAGAUCCCCACCCCACCUCUGGUCAGUUAGUCAGAAUUCUUCAAUUAUGAGAAUGGGACAUUUCUGUCUUUAUGAAAGUUGCAGGUGUAUGUGUGUGUUCAGUGCUGUUGUACUGUUUAGGUAACUUUCCUAUAUAUACACAUCGCUUUGGUGUGGAAAUACCGUUAUACAAUGUCACAUAUAAUGAGUGUAUGUUUGCUUAGCUACAUGUAUAUGUCACAGAACAUUUAUCAUUUAUGCCAUACACAUUGUCCUACAAGGAAGAAAUCCUUUGUAAUUCAGCCAUCUGUCCAUUGGCUCUAUGAAGAGCCUCAAAGUAACUUGGAAGAUAACACUUUUUAAUUUAAACUGUUCACAACAGCUAAAUUUGUGGUAGGUAAUAAGUCUGCUUUUAUACUAUUGCUUCUAUUAAUCCACAAAGUGAGUGCAUCAUAAAAAGGGUCUUGUGACUUCAAAGCAUUUUUUAAA